UAUUCAGUGUAUGUGUUAUUGAGUGUGUGUGUUAUUAAACUAGAAGUAAAAUACAUAAAAAGAUAUUUGAUUUAAUUUGACUUUAUUUACAAACUUGACUACUUUUGCAGAGAAUGGUAUAACAAUUGAACAUUUCCCCAAAUUAAAACUAGACAAUUUGAAAGAAUUAUGCCCACAUAUGGGGACUAGACUAUCUUUAGAGGAAAAGAUAGGGGAGCUUAUUACUGCACAGGCAACGACAGAUGCAGUAUCUGAAUCAACUGAUGAUCAAGUCAUUAUUACUCCCACCUCCAGUAAAUUAGAGACAAGCACCAGUGAUGCCGGUUUAUUAGUUUCAUUAGAUGAACUACAAGUGGUCGACAUCUUGGAAACAACCAAAAGUGUAUCUAGAAAAACAUUUCCACAUUUUGAUUUGGAGACACUACUGCAUACGUCAGCAGGUGGCAAUAGUAUUUUAAAAUACUAUGAAACAUAUGGUUUUCUCAAUAAUACCAAGAGAAACCAGUUGACUGAUAUAAUUAUAAAACAUAUAUACACAUACAUUGUCAAUUACCGGAUAACCUAUGAAGAAUAUAAUAUUAUAUCUGCGAAAAUAAUAUCACUGUUUCCAAAGGAGUCAAUAGGCACUUAUUUUACCAAACCUAUAAAAAAAAAUAAUUCAUUUAAUGGACGUUCUACAGUAGCACGAGGAAAAUUGGUGGACAAAGUCCGUAACCUUCUGUAUAAAUAUGGAGACCACACACACAAGCGACAAUCUGGCACUCUAGAAAAUGCUCCACCGUUUAAAAGACAGUAUAUUCAAGGUUUGCAAGAUUUACAUUUAAGAGAUAUACUGUUUCUCAACAAUAACACCGAACCAUGGGGUGAAGUAAUACAAAAAUGGAAAGAUACAUUUAAAGUUCGAAAAGAAAGUGAACACAAGAGCGUUCAUGAGUUUCUACAAGACUGGAAAAUAUUAUCAGACCAAAGAAGUGACAUAUUGAUAAACAUUGACUUCGACUUGUUGUAUCCAGAAAAAGGGCUGAAUUUUUAUUUAAAUUGGAAAAUAUUUUUCGAAAAAAUUAUUGCUUUUAAACCGAACAGAGACGAAAGAAUCUUGAACCUUAUUGAGUCACUGAAAAAUUUAGACAAUGAUUUAACACUUCCUGCUGAGCUUAAAAUACUCGCACAUCUGGUGCCUCCAAAGGGAAGAAUUUCAAAAAAAAUUAAGUUCACUACUCAGGAAGCAAUUGACUCCUUAUAUAUUUGUGUGCCGAAUGCUGGCGAUAUAGACCAAGUAAUCAAAGAACAAAAACAAAAGGCGACAAGCAAGAAAUUGUCUGUUCAACCCUAUGUUAUACUCCAGGGAUCUUUGCUAGAGUGUGGUUCACCGUUACUAAUAGUAGAUGAUGUAAGAUAUCAAUUUUUAACCAUAACAAAAGCUUUUGAUACUCUUUUUAAACUUUACCAUACCUUCAACGUUAGAUAUCCCAGAGCAGGCGACCAUUUAUAUUUGAUCAUACAAAGAUGUGUAUAUAAUAUAGAAACUAAGUACGAUAACGUCGUACCGUAUAUAAUUGACGUUUUGAAUAUGUGAUUUAGCUAAACACCACUUUCAAGGUUUCAUAAACUCAAUCAGAGCAGGGCCCACUCCCAAUUGAGUUGUUCAUGCUAUUCUUUGAAAAAAAAAACAGUUUAUACACAGACUUUCAAUUAGAAAGAAUUUUCUUACCACUUCUAACUCAGUUACGACAAUUUAUGCAACAAUAAUUGCUACAAGUGAUAUUUACAAUAUUGUUAACCUGAUCAAUCUCCGACUAAAACUCUCUGUGUUUCGCUUAUUGUCAAAAUGGAUUUGAACUGUAAUUACUGUCACAAAAUACUUCAUGAUUUUAAGCAAUACAUUUUUCAUUUAGAAACUAUCCAUAAAAUAGGUAACUAUUUUGUCUGCCCUUUUGAGAGUUGUAAAAGAACAUAUGAUAAAAAAAAUCGUUUUAAAAAUCAUUUAACAACGUGUUACAAUUCAAAUCGCAAUAGGAAUAGUACUUCUUGUGACAAUAGUAUUAAUAUCAGUAACUCCAUCCUGUCCGAACAAAGUUCAUUUCCAAGUACCAAUGAUACACACCAAUCUUUUGACACAUCACCGUCGAAUGAUAAAGACACUGGAAAUGAAUCUUUUAUAAAAUCUGUAAAAUCAUACUUAAAUAUAUUUGUAUGCAAUUUAUAUGGGUUUGUUAGUUUACCAAGAUCUUUAAUACAAACUUUGAUAGAAUUAGUUCAAACCUUAAUCCACAACAUCACUUCAAAUAUACACGAAACAGUUAAUAACGAACAUAUAGAUGCCACUAAAAGAAACAUUAUUGUACUAGAAAUGAUAUUAGCAUUACCAGACAUAUUUAAAGACUACGAUACAGAAUAUAAGCGCUUGAAAAAUUUAGUUGACAAUGAGUAUUAUGUAGCCCCUGUAGAAGUAAAGAUCGGAACUGUCAAAGAUCGACGUAGUGAAAAUAAUGAUGUAACAAUGAUGCUAAAGGAAAGAAAACUUUACAUGACACCACUUAGACAAACAUUAAGCAAUUUUUUAAACUUACCUGGAGUACUUUCUCACAUUCUUAAUUAUCAACAGAUGCUUUUGGACGAGAGUAAUGUAAGUAACGGUGAUGUGAUUCGAAAUGUGAUUCAAGGAUCGUUGUGGAAAGAACUUUCGGCUAAUAUAGACAAAGACAGUAUCGUUAUCCCUUUAAUUUUGUAUUUUGAUGAUUUUGAAAGUGGCAAUGCCCUAGGAAGCCACGCUGGCGAAUAUAAGUUAGGUGCAGUUUAUAUUUCUAUUGCAACUAUUCCGCCAGAACAAUCAAGUAGGUUAGAAAAUAUUUUUGUGACUCAAGUAUUUUAUUCAAAGGACAGAGUAUUUUUUGGCAAUGGGGCAAUUUUUAACAAAUUAAUUGAAGAACUUAAGUUUUUAGAAGAAGUUGGCGUUGGUGUUUUAUUGUCCAAAAAUAUCAUUACAGUAAAAUUUGUAUUAAUAACUUUAUCUGGAGAUAACUUAGGACUCCACGGCGUAUUAGGACUUUUCGAAAGCUUUAUGGCUACAUAUUUCUGCAGGUUUUGUUUGACUACCAAAACUGAAUCUGAAACCCAAUCGUGUGAAUUAAAUAAUCUACGAAUGCCUUCUGAAUACAAUCAACAUGUUGAAAAUCGUAUAGGAAUUAAAGAAAUAUGUGUUUGGAAUAAUUUGAAAUAUUUUCAUAUUUACAAUAAUGUUACAUGUGAUGUGAUGCAUGAUCUUACGGAAGGGGUACUAAGGUAUGGAAUGGCCCUUGUGAUUAGAAGUCUAAUAGAUAAAGGAUAUUUCUCACUAGAUCAUCUGAAUUCUAGGAUAAAGUACUUUAAGUACAAUACUAAUGAGAAAAACACACCACCACCAAUCAAUAAUCAACACUUAUUAAACAAAAGUUUAACUAUAUCUGCUUCUGAAAUGUUAUGCCUUACAAGAAAUUUUGCUUUUGUGGUUGGAGAUUUAGUUGAAAAUAACGACCCCGUUUGGAACUAUUAUUUAAUAUUAUUGGAAAUAACAAAUGUUCUCACUUCCCAUUCGUUUACUUCAGACCUAAUAGAUUACUUAAAAAGUAUUAUUGAAGAACAUCACCAGCAAUACCUUAAUUUAUUUCAAAGUAAAUUAAAACCCAAACAUCAUUUCCUUAUUCAUUACCCUACAAUUAUAAAAAAAAUUGGGCCGCCUAUACUUAUAAGUGCUUAUUGUCAAAAUGGAUUUGAACUGUAAUUACUGUCACAAAAUACUUCAUGAUUUUAAGCAAUACAUUUUUCAUUUAGAAACUAUCCAUAAAAUAGGUAACUAUUUUGUCUGCCCUUUUGAGAGUUGUAAAAGAACAUAUGAUAAAAAAAAUCGUUUUAAAAAUCAUUUAACAACGUGUUACAAUUCAAAUCGCAAUAGGAAUAGUACUUCUUGUGACAAUAGUAUUAAUAUCAGUAACUCCAUCCUGUCCGAACAAAGUUCAUUUCCAAGUACCAAUGAUACACACCAAUCUUUUGACACAUCACCGUCGAAUGAUAAAGACACUGGAAAUGAAUCUUUUAUAAAAUCUGUAAAAUCAUACUUAAAUAUAUUUGUAUGCAAUUUAUAUGGGUUUGUUAGUUUACCAAGAUCUUUAAUACAAACUUUGAUAGAAUUAGUUCAAACCUUAAUCCACAACAUCACUUCAAAUAUACACGAAACAGUUAAUAACGAACAUAUAGAUGCCACUAAAAGAAACAUUAUUGUACUAGAAAUGAUAUUAGCAUUACCAGACAUAUUUAAAGACUACGAUACAGAAUAUAAGCGCUUGAAAAAUUUAGUUGACAAUGAGUAUUAUGUAGCCCCUGUAGAAGUAAAGAUCGGAACUGUCAAAGAUCGACGUAGUGAAAAUAAUGAUGUAACAAUGAUGCUAAAGGAAAGAAAACUUUACAUGACACCACUUAGACAAACAUUAAGCAAUUUUUUAAACUUACCUGGAGUACUUUCUCACAUUCUUAAUUAUCAACAGAUGCUUUUGGACGAGAGUAAUGUAAGUAACGGUGAUGUGAUUCGAAAUGUGAUUCAAGGAUCGUUGUGGAAAGAACUUUCGGCUAAUAUAGACAAAGACAGUAUCGUUAUCCCUUUAAUUUUGUAUUUUGAUGAUUUUGAAAGUGGCAAUGCCCUAGGAAGCCACGCUGGCGAAUAUAAGUUAGGUGCAGUUUAUAUUUCUAUUGCAACUAUUCCGCCAGAACAAUCAAGUAGGUUAGAAAAUAUUUUUGUGACUCAAGUAUUUUAUUCAAAGGACAGAGUAUUUUUUGGCAAUGGGGCAAUUUUUAACAAAUUAAUUGAAGAACUUAAGUUUUUAGAAGAAGUUGGCGUUGGUGUUUUAUUGUCCAAAAAUAUCAUUACAGUAAAAUUUGUAUUAAUAACUUUAUCUGGAGAUAACUUAGGACUCCACGGCGUAUUAGGACUUUUCGAAAGCUUUAUGGCUACAUAUUUCUGCAGGUUUUGUUUGACUACCAAAACUGAAUCUGAAACCCAAUCGUGUGAAUUAAAUAAUCUACGAAUGCCUUCUGAAUACAAUCAACAUGUUGAAAAUCGUAUAGGAAUUAAAGAAAUAUGUGUUUGGAAUAAUUUGAAAUAUUUUCAUAUUUACAAUAAUGUUACAUGUGAUGUGAUGCAUGAUCUUACGGAAGGGGUACUAAGGUAUGGAAUGGCCCUUGUGAUUAGAAGUCUAAUAGAUAAAGGAUAUUUCUCACUAGAUCAUCUGAAUUCUAGGAUAAAGUACUUUAAGUACAAUACUAAUGAGAAAAACACACCACCACCAAUCAAUAAUCAACACUUAUUAAACAAAAGUUUAACUAUAUCUGCUUCUGAAAUGUUAUGCCUUACAAGAAAUUUUGCUUUUGUGGUUGGAGAUUUAGUUGAAAAUAACGACCCCGUUUGGAACUAUUAUUUAAUAUUAUUGGAAAUAACAAAUGUUCUCACUUCCCAUUCGUUUACUUCAGACCUAAUAGAUUACUUAAAAAGUAUUAUUGAAGAACAUCACCAGCAAUACCUUAAUUUAUUUCAAAGUAAAUUAAAACCCAAACAUCAUUUCCUUAUUCAUUACCCUACAAUUAUAAAAAAAAUUGGGCCGCCUAUACUUAUAAGUGCUUUUAAAUACGAAGCGAAACACAAAGAGUUAAAAAAGGUUUGUCAGUCAAUAACAUCACGAAAAGAUCUUCCUCAAUCUGUUAUGAAACGUUGUCAACUAAAACAAAGUUUUCGAUAUGCAACUGAGAAAGGUUUGACGGAUAAUCUUUUGUAUGGUAAAUAUGAAUUUGAUGAAGGCCACUGUGGUGCAGACAAUUGCAUUUAUGUUGAUUGGUGUGAAUUAAACGGAAUUAGGUAUACCGUAAAUAAUGUUUUGCUACAAGAUAUAAUUGAGGAUAUUCCCAAAUAUUAUAUUGUUAACAAAAUAAUGAUUAAUCAUUGUACUAAUGACAUAUUAUUUAAAUGUUUUUUUUUAGAUAUUGUUCAUUAUAAUGCUCAUUUCAGAGCAUAUAAAGUAAUACAAACAACACGUAGUCGUACUAUUGCGUAUGUAGACUUGUACACAAAUUUAAUUUCUGUACUGUAUAAAGUAAAAUUGGAUUCCUAUGUUAAAGUUGAUUUUUGAUGUAUAUUAUAUUGUACUGUGAUGUCGACAAAACGAGUACGUGCAAAUCCAAAGCUAUUUCAGUGUUAUGAGUAGGUACAGUCGCUGUAUGAAGAUUUAUUAUUUUGAUUUCGGCUGUUUUAGUGUGAUUGUUUAAAUUAUUCAGAAGGGUUG